UGUGCAAAGCCACUAGUGUAGUGGUACACUCGUCUGGGUUCAGUUCCCACUCUGUGACGGCGUGAAUGUGAGUGUGGAUGGUUGUCUGUGUCACAUUUACAAACGUCCAGGCCCAGUCAAAGAGUAAUUGCCCCCCCCCCCCCCCCCCCCCCAAAAGAAAAGUCCAAUAGCUAAUAACACUACUUGUUUGGAAGGCCCUCAGCAGAUUAGAGUGACAUGACCUCACACAGAGGCUGAAAAAAAAAAAAAAAAAAAUUCCAACUUGCACUACUGGAAGCAGAAUAGACUGUUGAGAGUACAAAUUAAUAAAAUUCGGAAUUGAUAUUAGAAUUUAGGUUUUAAAUGUUGGUCAGAGCUUCGGGUGGUGUUGAGACCAGCAGAGAAGGCGUUGAUGGGCCUGAGCGCGUACCACUCGCUGCGAUUUUUGGACUAAACGUGCCUUGUAAUAAAGCUUGGGAACCACUGGCCAAGUGCAAUACGAGAUUCGUCAAUGUAGGAAAUGGUAGCUAUUUUUACGGAGCUUUUAUUUUGCCGACUCUGAAAAUGUAUGAACUUCCGGUAAGGUGAAGCGUAAGCGGGCUUGACACAGUUUAGGGCCCCGCCCCCUUCGGGUGACGUCGCAACAGGGCAGAGGGGCGCGCUGACGUCCUCUUUGCUGCACUCGGCCUGCCAACCGCUGCCGCUCAAACGUCAAGCCGUCGGCGGUGUCCCGCUGCUGUCCACCGAGGGCAGUCGCUUUGCACCAGCGUGGAUCAUCGCGCGUGGGACGCCUUUGCGAUAGUAGCCAUGAAAUGCAGCCCUCCCACAACAAGCACCGUGCCCGUGUUGCACUGCAAGCAGCGCCGAGAAAUCCGCUCUCCUCUCACACGACUUUUGCCGUGAGUGAAAUCUGCUGGGCUGCCGACGACGAGUGAAGACGCCGCGCGAGCCCGAAGGACGACGGCGGUUCCGCUGCAGACGUUUGUUUUACCCUCAACCACUGCAUUUGGAUUUUUUAUUUUUAUUUUUUUAUUUUUAUUUUUUUAAUGGAGCUGGAGAACAUCGUGGCCAACACCGUCCUGCUUAAAGCCAGAGAGGGUACGUGAACGCACCAACGAUGCGCGUGUUUGCGGUCUUUUCUGUCUGAAAUGUGUGCAAAGACGAGGUCGACGAAGCCGCUCGUGACUGCAGGUAGAAGAUUCCCCGCACCUUGUGCAGCAUUCCCCGGACCACGUUCGAGAGGUGGAGGAGGCAAGCGGAAAGGGAGGAGCAAAAAAUGGAAGGCGAUCCUUCGUUUUCCCCACAUAAGUCAGUGCACUGAGCUGGGCAACAGCAUUGAGAAGGACUAUGUCAGCAUCUGUGAGAAACAGCCUAUCGGAAGGCAGCUCUUCCGAGUUUACUGCGAGACCAGACCAAAACUGCAACGCUGCAUUCAACUACUGGAUGCAAUGGAGGAUUACGAGGUGACGCCUGAUGAAAAAAGAAAAAGCAGAGGGGACCAGAUUAUCAAGACCUUUCUUUCCAAACAAUCAGCUGAGCGUGUGGACAUCGCAGAGGUCUUCGCAGAUCAGUGCCGAGAGAACCUCGAGCUCAGUCCGUGUAAGGAGAUCUUCAGCAACUGCCGCAAAGCCGUCCACGACUACCUGAGCGGGGCGCCGUUCGCAGAUUUUGAGAACAGCAUGUACUUUGACCGCUUCCUGCAGUGGAAGAUCCUGGAGAGGCAACCAAUCACGAAAGACACGUUUAGACAGUACCGAGUGCUGGGGAAGGGAGGAUUUGGAGAGGUGUGCGCCUGUCAAGUUCGAGCUACAGGAAAGAUGUAUGCCUGCAAGAAGCUGGAGAAGAAGAGGAUAAAGAAGAGGAAAGGAGAGUCGAUGGCCCUCAACGAGAAGCAGAUCUUGGAGAAAGUUAACAGUAGAUUUGUUGUGAGUUUGGCGUAUGCGUACGAGACCAAAGACGCUCUCUGUCUGGUGCUGACCAUCAUGAAUGGUGGUGACCUAAAGUUUCACAUCUACAACAUGGGCACGCCAGGCUUUGACAAAGACAGGGUCCAGUUCUAUGCUGCUCAGAUCUGUUGCGGUCUCAAGCAUCUUCAUAGGGAAUCCAUUGUCUACAGAGAUUUGAAACCAGAGAACAUCCUACUUGAUGACAACGGACACAUCCGUAUUUCUGACCUGGGCCUUGCCAUUAAAGUGCCUGCAGGGGAGAUGAUCAGAGGAAGAGUGGGCACAGUGGGCUACAUGGCUCCGGAAGUCAUCAACAAUGAAAAGUACGGGAUGAGUCCUGAUUGGUGGGGGCUGGGCUGCCUCGUGUACGAGAUGACCGUAGGGCGAUCGCCCUUCCGUGCCCGCAAAGAGCGAGUGAAGCGGGAGGAGGUGGAGAGGAGGGUGCAGGGGGAAGAGGAAGAGUACAACGACAAGUUUACGGAGGACACCAAGGAAAUCUGCAGAAGGCUGCUCACCAAAGACCCGAAGCAGAGGCUGGGCUGCCAGGGGGACAGAGCGGCAGGCGUCAAGGCCCACGCCUUCUUCAAAAACAUCAACUUCAAGAGGCUGGAAGCUGGAAUAGUGGAGCCUCCUUUUGUGCCUGACCCUCGGGCAGUCUACUGUAAGGAUGUGUUGGACAUCGAGCAGUUCUCCACAGUCAAGGGAGUCAAUUUGGACCAAACUGACAACGACUUCUACUCCAAAUUUGCUACAGGCAGUGUUUCCAUCCCAUGGCAGAAUGAGCACUGCAAUGUUUGUAAAAGGCCAAAGGUCUCCUCUCUUCUCCAGAUGAUAGAAACGGAGUGUUUCAGAGAUCUGAAUGUGUUCGCCCCUCAAGGGAUGAGACCUCCGGACCUUGACUGGAGUCAACCUCCGGAGCCUCCCAGACGCAGCCUGCUGGACAGGAUCUUCAGGAGGCACCACCCAGAGGUGUCUAUUUCCCACAGCCGUGUGCAGUCUUCCAGCGUGAACUCUGUGGACUCAAUGUCCAACUCUGCCCCCUAGUGGUGCAGUGACAGCAUGGGAGCCAUCCACACAAAGGGAAGAAGCUCUGAGGGUUUACCCGCUGCUAAUUAGUUCAGAGCUGGGUCCUGAGACAGCCUGUCUAAAGUCUCACGGGUCAGCCCAUAAAGGAGGUUGACCGGGCCAUUUUUUUUUUUUAGUGAGAUGGUCAGAGACAUUUUGAAAUAUUUGGACAAACCCUCGUACCCUCAGGAUCGUUGGACUACGGCGCAGCGCCACUUGUGUUGCUGAAAGAGUUAAAACGAGAGAAACUAAGCUAAUAUUCUUUUUCAGGGGGAUCCAUUGUAUUACGAAGACCCACUACAAGGAAUAGAAAAGUGGGUCCUUGGUGAUGUUUCUUUUUCCAGAAAUAGUCUUUUACUUCCGGGCCUGUACCAAUAGCUAUCCAUCUAUUUAUAGUGUCACCAUCUGUAUAUCACUGAUAUUACCUUCUGUGUAUUUCCCACCUGUCUUACCUCGCAGCACUCCUUAACAUUCAGAACAGUCCGCGACCUCGGCUCGUAAUAGGCAUCGCCUCGUGUCCGCUCAGGCCAAAGAUGACGGAUCAGCUGUGUGAUGUUGAUUUAGUGGUCUGAAGUUGUCUUUUAGAAUCAUGUGAGAUCAGUUUGUGGGCUGUUUGAUUAGUAUAAUACACGCAUUCUUCAUAUGUGAGCCUGCAGGCAUAUCAUACGGCUUGCAUACAGACGCGUUGUGUAAACAGCGGUGUGAGAAUCGCGGUUGCAUGGACAAGCGUACGUAUGGACAGCUGUAUCCCUUUUGCUUCUGCAUACCUCAUUCCACUGAUGUUAAUGUAUACCACACAGGCAUCUCCCUCAGUUUACAGUGUCACUUUAUAGUUGACAUUAUGUGACAUUAUAAAGAAUAAUGACUAUACUGCACAGGAGCAGAAAUAUUUUGUUUUGUUGAGGGAUUUUUCUGCACAGUCCCGGUGAAACGGAGAGGAACACAUGCACUCAGCCUGACUUAGAAGUUGCACAUUUUACAAAAAUGUCAUGCUGUUUUUUUUUUUGUUUGUUUGUUUUCACCAAAAUGAAAAUGUUUUACCUCUGAAGGCACAUGAUUGCAUUGGUAAUUCCGUGCAAUGCGUCUUUUCUACAGUUUAGUUACAGCAUCUGAAAUGUUAAGUGUUCUUGUUUCCUUCAUGCCUUUUACAUUUCAAUAAUAUUACUGCCUCACUAUUA